AUGAGUAGAAGGAAGUGGUUGGGUGGAAACUGGAAGUGUUAUGGUUCCAAGCAAUCCAUCAAGGAACUAUUGAGCCAUUUUAACAAACUUACCACCAAGAGUAACAAUCUGGAUGUUGUAUUGUUUCCCCCGUCUAUUUACAUCCAGCACACAUUAAAUGAACUGACAAGCCCAGUGUUCAAUGUCGGUGUCCAGAACGUCUCACAGCCGAAGGAUGGGCCUUUUACGGGCGAAUUAAGCACCUCGAUGCUAAGGGACUUUGGCCUCAACUGGUCAAUAGUAGGACAUUCAGAUAGAAGGCACAAGUAUAAGGAGAGUAACCAGGACAUACUUGCAAAAAUCAAGGUCCUACAAAAUGAAAAUAUGAAUGCAGUGGUUUGUGUGGGUGAAACUUUGGAAGAAUAUGACAAGGGAAUAACAGAAGAGGUCCUGGAAGAACAAUUAAACGGCUUUAUAUACGAAGUAAAAAAAUGGGACCUGGUAGUAGUGGCGUACGAACCAGUGUGGGCAAUUGGAACGGGAAAGGUGCCAAAUCACAACGACAUAAUUAAUAUGCAUAAGUUCGUGAGGGAACAUAUAAAGUCGUCAGUGGGAGACGUCGCAGAAAAAAUCAGAAAAUAUCGAAACUUGAUGGAGUGGAUGGGUUCCUCGUCGGAGGAACGUCACUUAAGCCUGAUUUCCUUGACGUCCUGA